AGCAGAGCAGAGGGGAGACAAAAAGGAGAAGACAGAGAGAGAGGGGUGAGGAGGAGAGAGAGAGGAGAGGGGGAGAGCUUCUAAUUGGAAAGUCAGAGAAAAGCUGAGGGAGGCAGAAGAAAGUUGACACUGUGAAACCGCAGCAAGGAUUAAAGAGAGACCUUCUCCAGAGAGAGAGAGAGAGAGAGAGAGAGAGAGAGAGAGAGAGAGAGAGAGAGAGAGAGAGAGUAGGAGGAGGAAGGAAGGACCGAGGAUGCGGGAGAAGAUGGAGCUCAGGGGGGAUGGAGAGUCUCUGACGAGGCGUUCCUGCUGCCUGGAUGCUCAGGUGUGAGGAGGCGCAUCUGCAUGAAUCCACAUCAGAGCAGCUGAAGUUUGGCUUCCACUCAGCAACUCCACAUCCCACACAGACACUUGCAGCACACACUAAUAUUUACCCCAAAAUCCACACAUAUGUGCACACCUUCUGUGCACUCCCACGCGUGAAGCAGCCAAAACAGCGCAGAGGAUCCGAGCGGAUGGUUAAAAACUGGGACUCUGGAUUCACAUUGUUUUGUUGUGGGAGGAAUCAAUCCCGAGGACAGGACAGGACAGGACGGAGCAGAGGAGAGAAGACCUCCUCGUCCUCAUCGGACAGAGUCGCCCGGCUGCUCGUCUUGUCCUGAAUGAAACCCUCUUAAGGUGGACGGAGCCGCAUUAAAAUUACAUGUCCCGGUGGAGCGCUGCCACACCACGCAGCAAACCCGCUCCCAUAAAUCAUCACCGGAGGACUUUGAUUUUUUCAUUAUCGCUUCCUGCAGCAACAACAGAGGAGCAGGCAUGUUGGCAGGCCCGCUGACCUGCACCGUAGGAUUCUAUUUCUGGAGCCUCAUUGCUUUUACAGAUUAACUGCCCUCAAAUAUGGCCCCAAUCCGUUCAUUGCGCCACUAGUUUGACGGCUGCCGGAAGGUUGUGUAUAGUCAAGUUUUGAAAACGCCCGGCCGCGUGUCAGCCCAGUCAUCCAAAGGCCCUUUUUGGAGGCUGUUUUUUAGAGUCUUUCGGGCUGCAUGUCACGACAGCUUGUUACAAUCAUUCGUCAAGUCUUUGCACGUUUCCACCCCGGGCAGCUGAAAGGAGAGAUUGACGUCUGAAGCUUUCACAUUAAUACCGAGUCACUGUGCUUAGAUUAAGACUUAGUAUUUUAUUGCCACAGACUUUUUUUCCCGCCCUGCUGAAAUCCUGUUGCCCAGUGUUUUCAUUAGCCUGUCUGAGGUGAUCAACAUCCCUCAUCAUCAGAACUGACAUUUCCAUAUUGUAUGAGAGCAAAAGCAGCAAAUUGGUGAACACUGACACACUCAAUCAUGUGAAAUGGAAGAGAUGGGACAAAGCCUGAACCGUCAAGCCCUGAAAAAAUUGCUUCUGACACACGAGGAAAAGGGAAUCUUGAAUUAUCCAAAGCAUCUGCAGCCCCACAUGUCGUAGUAAACAGAAUACCACUGGGUUUUCCACGCUAUCAUAAAUCUGGAGCGUGCUGCUGGCCUCUGGACCAAGCCCUGUAAUAAGAGUAAAAUUAAAGAAUAGGAUUAGAGAUGGAUUAUCACAGAAACACUAAAGCCGGCAAAGCAGCUGCCUUUGCCUAAACCCGUCGGACACUCUUCAGCGAGACGCUCUGCCCACCGAUUUGUAGAUUACAUUUGGUUGUUGAUGUGGUGGCCUCUUGAGUGGUUGCUGCUCAAAGAGAGGGAUGGAGAAUCUAGAUGAGCUGGAGCACCCUCUGCUGGGGGAAAGCCCCAACAACAACCGGGCUUCGGGGCCGGGGCCAGGGCCGGGGCUGGGACCCGGGACUGGACAGGCCCCCGGUGGGCUGUUCAAGGGCAUCCUGGUGAAGUGUGAGGAGGACAGAGCGUAUCCUCCGUUAGCAUGGAGGAGCUACUGUGGACAUCCUCCUGAGCUCCAGCAGCAGCAGCUCCUGGACCCCUGCUCCCUACCUCGCACUCUGGAGUCCUAUUACCCAGCGGCCCCCAUCUGGGGCCCCGCGGACUCCCUGCUCAGCAAAGACUACCUGGAGACCACCUUUGUGGACAUUCGGCCCGGAUCGACGCUGGAGAGGAAGCUGCUGGCCGAGGCGCAGGACUUCCACAGCGUUUCCUACAGCAUGGACGACGAGGACGACCUGCUCCCUGACUCUGACGACUCAUCCAUCGAUGACUUCAGCGAUACAGACAGCGAGAGCAACUUUCCUCUGAUGAUCCCUCAGGACUACUUGGGUCUGGCCUUUUUCUCCAUGCUCUGCUGCUUCUGGCCCCUGGGCAUCGCUGCCUUCUACCUUUCACAGAAGACCAACAAGGCGUCGGCUCAGGGGGAUUUUCAAGGGGCCAACGCAGCAUCCCGCCAGGCUCUGUGGCUCUCAGUGCUCUCCAUCGUGUUCGGAAUCAUCACCUACAUCUGUGCCAUCGCCGCAUUGAUCUCCUACCUGUCCGCGAAGCCGCCGUAAAAGCUCCCGUCUCGCACAAAAAAAAUGUAAAGACAGACCUCUCGCACAUUUCACAAAUAGCAACACAUGCCAACAUAUCACCUGUAAAUGUAAAAAAAUAACCAGAGUCUUUUGUCCGUCAACUUGCCAGGAGUCAUGUUUCAUCCACACCGAGCUGGAAAAGUCUAAAUCACCAUCACUUCUAAUUGGAUUUGGACAUAAUUCAGCUCAAAUGAGUGUAAAAUCUCAUGUCAUUUAGAAGAUUCUGUCUGUAAUUGUGCUUUAUUUCGUCAUCUGAGGACUUUCUUUUUAAAUUGUGUGCUGUGGUCCUCGUCACGUUUAGCAUUAAAGACAAAAAAACAACAGAUGUGUCCACAGCGCUGUAGAUAUCACCCAUCCAAACGAUGAAUAACAAGAAGAAAGAAGUGGAGGGAGAGGAGAUGGAGUCUGCAGAUUUAUGAGAAGGUCACAGCAAGGACGUGGCUGCAGAGAAAUCCUGAUGGACUUCACCGUGGGAGGGCCACUGUCGCCGGAGGGGUGAAAGCUGGCGGCGGUUUUAGAGCCUCAGAGCUUCAUCAGAAAAUGUCAGAAUUCCACUGCACUCAAUAAUCCUGAUUUCACUGUCACUCAUUGUUUACCUGCAGAAAAGGACUGUCGCUGCUUUCUUUAUGCCAAGUCGAAUCUUUACAUUCAAAUACACACAAAAAAAGCUAGAAAAAAUACACAGAGUGCCAUUAUAUAAGAGAAUAAAAAGGAGAAUCUUAAAAGAAACGCUGGAUCGUUGCGAGAAACAGAUAUAGAAAUAAAGCGUCUAUAUAUACAGUGUGAGGAAAUGAUGACAGGAAGGUGCAGACCUGUGAGGAAAAGUGCCAAAAAAAUAUGGAAGAAGCUCUGAGGAUGAGCCUUUUAUGAGCGAUUCCAUUAAUAGAAGCAACCCAAACACACAUUCUGCUGUUUCAUAAAGCUGGAGAGCUUCAGAAACAAUAAAAAAAGAUGUCUACUUCUAUGUUUAAAAAUAAAAACAGCAAGACAAAAAAUAGUCUGAUUGCUUGGCCAUGUGAUGCAUGAGUCAGCAGCAUCUCCAUUUAACAGAAACCUGCAUGGCGAGUUUGUCGAUCACAAACCUGCUCCAAGCUUUGGUCAUUUCCUUCGUUCAAUCCAAAAAAGUUUUUUGCAAGAACAGCUUUGAAAAAUGAAAAAACCUUUAGCCAUAUUGGUUUGAGCUUAACUGUGCCAUUAAUAAAGAGCCAACAUGGGAAGAACUCUGAAUAGAUGUUAAGAAAAAAGCGACUGUAAGGUGAACAUUUUCUAUUUAGAUGUAUAGUUUUUUAGAGUCCUAAGGUGAACUACAAGUGACUCAAAUGAAACACUUUGUCUCCUGCGAUCCCAGUGUUGUAUCAAGACUGAGCUGGUAAUAGAUUACAGUCACUAUAAGUGGUAUUUGUAGACACACCUCUGGUAUCUCAGUGUUGUCUACCCUUGUCAGCGAUCACCGUUCAUGUGAUGUGAUUCCGCUGCACCGACUGUCCUCAAACACCUCUGACAAUCCUCAACCAUCGUCUGUCUCCACCGGACAUCUACGUCGAAGAAUAAAAAAAGACCUUUUGUUGUUACAGCUGACGAUUAAGUGAUUUAUACGGAAAGUUUAAUGAUCGGACUUUGUGCCAUGACUGGACACUAAAGUAGACAAUUUAUAAAAGGUUAAAGGUUGCAGAAAACGGGAUUUAUUAGUAUAAGAAAUAUUCUGUUCUUUCCCAGGUCACAUCCUUGUAUUACAUGUAAAUAUUAAAGUGAAGGAAAAAUCAAUGAAUCCCAAUAAAUGCACUUGUUUGA